GUUGUAAACUACAAACACUGGUUUAGUACCCUUGUGACUUAGGUAACCCCAAGGGAUUGAGCCGUUUCACUACGGGAAAGAUGAAAAACAUGAACCCACACAUGCACAAGGUUCACAACUUGCAGCAACCAUCAUCAUUCAUUAAUGCAUAUAGUAAAGCAGAGACAUUUGAGAAUCAUUAAGAAUGAAAUUGGAACAUAGGGGAAAAGAAAACCACUAUUAUUUGUGUCUACAGUUUAUUUGUAGUUCCAUGCUUUGUUGAUUACAUAUUACUUGGUGGCCUUAAAUUAACGACGUCUUUCAGGCCACAAGUGCUGGGUUGAAAGAACAGGAGGCUAUAAAUUUUCUGGAGAAGAAAAUGAAAAAUGAUCCUGCAUUCUCCUAUGAUGAAACAGUGCAGGUUUGUCUUCAUAUUCCAGGGGAGAAAUCCAUUAAGAGCUUCCUUGUGCUUGCUGUUUCUUGUAUUGUUUUCACAAAAAGGAAAAAAAGAAAUCUUUUUUUUUUUUUUUAAAAGUCUACGUCUCCUGUGAUACUGCCUUGUAUAGUAUGCUCCUGAUAUCGUUGCCUUUUCUUGUUCUCAGACUGCCAUAUCUGCUUUGCAAUCUGUUCUGCAAGAGGACUUUAAGGCCACUGAGAUUGAGGUAUGGAGUUCCUUUUUGAUAUAUUUGAACUGUCAAUGAUAAGUGCUUUGAGCAUUAGAAAGCAAUAGUUGAAGCAAAGACGAUGGCAUCUCUACUUGCUUUCCUAUGUGAACAUUGGGAGGUCAAAAUACACGUUGGCAUUAUCGGCUGGGUAAAACAAAAAUGCUAUGUUGCCUUGAUCCUGGCCAUUUAGGAUUGUACAAGCCAUGCAUGUUUCUCUCUGUGUUGGUUCUUUUUCUGGGACAUGUAUAUAUGAGAGUACGCAGACCAGAGCAUCAGAGUGGGAUUUGUAUUAAGAAGAAAGGUCUUGCUUAGUUAGCAGCUUCGUUAACCUUUGUGCUGAUCUAUAUUUUGCAUUGGCAGGUGGGAGUGGUGAGAGCGGACAAUCCAGUUUUCAGGGUUUUGUCUACUGAGGAAAUAGAUGAACACUUGACUGCCAUUAGUGAGCGCGAUUGAUCAAAUGUGGCUGGCUCGCACAUAGAAUCGCGUCGCUGCUGCCAACGAAACUGAUGUGUCAACUUUUGGAAGUCCGUACUCAACUAUAUAUGAAUCUGUGUUGUUUAGAACUGGCGGGAGGGAGAUUCACGAAGGAGACUUGACUCUGCUUGCUGUUUCUUUGAAUUGUGUUAUGUGAUAGUCCUUUGAAUUAUUCUUGAAACAGUUAAUCACCCUGUCCACCAAACUUUGCUUUUUAUCUUCCAAAUGCGUUCGUUCGAUAGAAUGGCUCGCGCUGCAAUAAUGUGCUUUAUUUCUAGCGAAGAAACUGUUCGGAGGAGAGAGCGUCAGAUUUUAGCAAUGUUGUCAAAAGCCAACCGGAGUAUAACACGAUAAUGUGAACAGCUCAGUUUUUAGCGGUCCAAUCGGCAUUAAACCAUUUAGAAACCGUUAGAAAACCAGAACCUAAUUAAACAAUCAGUAUAAAUAAUGGACACUUCUUAAUCAUGGUAAAUCAUUACUAAAUUAGUAAAUUACACUCUUAACAAUUCCAAAACAUGCGAACGGGGAGUCGAGAGCCGGGAGCGGCUACAGGGACUGGGGAUAGCGACAGGAAGUGCCCGGAUGGGAAGUGACGACGGAACGGAGGAGUUGCUACGGGAAGAGGGGACGGGGACGGAGACUGGCGAUGGCGAGCUGGGAGCUGCUACCCUGACUGGGGAUGGUGAGGAUGCCGAUGGGAAGACAGGACGGGAAGAGUUGACGGCGGCAGGGUCUGGCGUCGCUCUUCUCCAUCUGUUCACGAAGAGUCGAAGACGAAAACUGAAUUAGAGUUAGGGUUUCUUUCAUAGGCCCACGAUUCGGCCUUUCGUUUUCAAUUUUCAAUUUUUCAUUUUUUCGUUUUUCAAUUUAUUUUAUUAAACAGAACGACCGAAAGACGAAAACCGAGCAACCGAUUCGAGCGGCUUGAGCGGUUAACCGCAUCGGCCGCUCCAUAAAACUGUAGCGGCUAAAUGACUGGUCCGAGCCGGUUUUGCGGUCGGGUGGCGGCUUUAGCGAUCCGGCCUGCCGAUUCGGUCCGGUCUUAAUAACACUGGAUUUUAGCC